AUGGCACAUAGAAUAUUUAUCUCAUUCGAUCUACGGUCCAUGUUAUUGUAUAUUAGUUUGAUUGCACAUGUCUGUAGUCCGCAUGCAAGCAUUUGAGUUCUAUUGCGGCGACCAAAUGAAAAUAAGAGAAAAAAAGCGCAAACGUAUGCGAUCGUGUAUUAUUGCGAAUGACAGAAGAGAUGCGAUAGAUUGCAAAUAACAUACUACUGACUACUACUCUAACUCGAAAUUAACCGCAAACUAUCUGCUCCGCACGGGUGACUGCGUAAAAUUCGAUGGUACGAUAUAUUCAGUUCGUUGUCUCUCUUGCUAUUGAUCAGAUGUCUAUUUGAUACAGAGCAGUGAUUUUUAAAUUGGUUUUCACAUUAUCAGCUUAAAAUGGAUUCCAGGGUGGUAUCAUUCGUGUUUGUUGUGAUUUUAUCCAUAAGUAGCAUCAAUUCUUUGAAAAUUCUUGGAUUAUUUCAACAUCCUGGCGUCAGUCAUUUUCACUUCUUCCAUCCGAUAAUGCGAGGCUUGGCCGAUGCAGGUCAUGAUGUUACGGUUGUCAGUCAUUUUCCAGAUAAAAAUGCCCCAUCGAACUAUAAAGACUUGGCUUUUGAAAAAACCGAAAUAUUAACCAACUCGGUGGACUUAGAGUUGUUCUCUCAUCGUCCAUGGUAUCAACCAUUUUUGGAAUUUGCCAGCCUACAUCAGUGGGGAUGUGACGCAUGUGAACUGGCAUUAAAUUCAACAGUUAUACAAAAUUUGUUGAAUACCAAACCAAAGUAUGAUGUGAUUUUAAUGGAGCAAUUCAAUGCUGAUUGCAUGAUGGGCGUUGCUUGGAAGCUAAAAGCACCGGUCAUUGCGUUAAGCAGUUGUGUUUUGAUGCCAUGGCACUACGAUCGAUUUGGCCGUCCAUGGAUGUUAUCUCACAUGACAGGACAACCCAUGGGUUUUUCUAAUCAUAUGACCUACACCGAACGUCUGCUGAAUUUCUUCUACAUGAAUUCAUACAAAAUUAUGUACAACCAGAUUACAAUGAAAGAAACGGAUAAAAUCACGCGAAAAUAUCUUAGAGAUGAAAAUAUGCCACAUUUGAGUGAAUUAAUCAAAGAAACCAGCAUGAUGUUUGUAAAUACACACUUUUCGUUACAAGGCACAACGCCGAAUCCACCAACAAUUGUGGAACUUGGUGGAAUCCAUAUUAAAGAAGCAAAACCGUUGGAUCCCGAACUGAAAGCGGUUUUGGAUGCGGCCACAGAUGGAGUGAUUUAUGUCAGCUGGGGUUCAAUGAUACGAUCAGCAACAUUACCUGAUGCUAAACGAAGCAGUUUACUCAAAGCCUUUGGUUCGUUAAAACAAACGGUUUUAUGGAAAUGGGAAAAUGAAACACUUCCGAAUCAACCGGGAAAUGUGCAUAUUAGAAAAUGGAUGCCACAAAGAGAGAUAUUAUGUCAUUCAAAUGUGCGCGUGUUUGUCAGCCAUGGUGGUUUGAUGGGAAGCAGUGAAUCGGCUUAUUGUGGUGUGCCAAUAGUGCUUACCCCAAUAUAUGGCGAUCAAUUUCAUAAUUCAGCCGUUCUGAAAGCUCGCGGAAUGGGUUUUAUUGUUCAUUAUGAAGAUAUCACAGAAGAAUCAAUCAAAUCAGCCAUCAAUGAAGCACUAAAACCUGAAUCAAUGGAAAACGCUAAAAGAGUGUCAUAUUCGUAUCAAAAUCGCCCGAAAACGCCACUCGAAACCGCCAUUUGGUGGGUUCAAUACGUAGCAGCCACGAAAGGAGCUCCGUUAUUGAAAUCACAAUCAAUAAAUAUGUCAACAUUUACAUACUAUUCAUUUGAUGUGUAUGCCACCAUUGCAAUCAUCCUCUUUCUUCUAAUAAGUCCAUUCAUUUAUGCGACACGCAAAUGCAGUAGAAAAUUUAAGGCGAACAAUUGUAAAUCCAAAAAGGAAUAAUUUUAUUCAUACAUGUGAUCAAUACAUUGAUUUCAAUAGUUUAUUUGCAUACGAAAAGAAAGCAGCAAAAUAUGUGUGAUCUUUCAUUAUGUUAACACAAGAACCGUUAAGUCAUUCGCACAAAAAUAGAUUUAUGUAAUACUUUUUGAAUGACUAAAACACCGUUCUAGGCACAAAUGUUUCACUUAAAAUUUGUUCCCAAAAAACAGAUUAUGUGACAAAUGCGUGAUAAUGUUAAUAAAUUUGAAUACAUAUCGAACUAGCCGGCCCUUUUCCCAUUCAAUACUCGUGGAUCACUCUUGAAUGCUUAAGAUUUCAAAAAUCAAGCCUUCAAGAAAGGAGCUCCAUAUGGUCCCGUUCACGUAAGACGAAACCACGGAAAAAAAAAUUGAAAGUUGCAAAAAAUCUUCUUAACGUUAUUAGAUCGCUAUGAAAUGUUCUCCAAAUUGUUACCUAGGGGGUAGGAACACAAGCGCUUGAGACGAAUUCGUACGAAUAUUCGUGAAUUCUUGUGAUUGUGUAUACAAGACAUUUGCAGCGCAGUGAGUGUACAACAACAAUAACGAAGCCACGAACGCAUGAAUAUAUGCGAAUACAUACGAAUGACACAACUUGUUCCUAGCCCCUAGAUUGUUACAUAAACUCAAUUUUUUCUGAGAAUUUCAUGAAAUUUUGCUUAUUUUUUCUUGUCAAAAUUGCCAAUUAAUAGUUAUUUCGUCAAAUUUUGUGAUUUUUGACUUUUUUUGGACUCGUUUUCGAGGGCGUGAAUUUCUAUAAAAAAAUGCACUAAAUCGUUCUACCUUGUGGCGGCGACAAACAUAGACAUCUGCCAAAUGCUACCAAAUGUUUUAUUUUUCUUUUUAAUUCUAUGAGAUUUUCUGGGUGUCAACCAUGACAGAG